UUGUAUCUAUCUGUGAAAUAUUAAAUCACUAGUCCUGGAAUGAAUGAAUUGGUAGCGUUUUGGUACAGCCUCUUCAAACACAAACUUCCCCAUUUGGAGUUGUGCCGUCCUUUCCUGAACUACAUCUCCCAGAAACCUUUGCAACAUGGCUUCCAAGACUGUAGUUCCUUUUGGACUCUGGCAUUGACAGGGAUUGCAAGUCUCAAGAAGAGCCAAAGCUUCUGACAAUUCCUAUGUCGCACAGCUGGUAUCUUGCAUUAAGCUGAAUUCCUUCUCCAACUCUCGAUGGCAGUGAGUGUAAAGGUCUUGCCUUCUCCAAAGUGUUUGUUUGAUGAUCCCAUUCAGAUUAAAGUGGAGGGUCUCUCACCGCUGCAGGAGGUCACUCUGAGGGCAUCCCUGACUGAUGAAAAUGGGGAACUUUUCCAGUCCUUUGCCUACUACAGGGCUGAGAGCAAUGGAGAACUGGACCUGACACGCUCCUCAGCCCUGGCUGGCAGCUACUCUGGGGUAGAACCCAUGGGACUGUUGUGGUCACUGGAAUCCAAGACACCCUUCAAACGGCUGGCAAAGAAGAAUGUCCUCACCCCUUUCUAUGUACAUGUGGAAGUGUUUGAGGGCCACAAUAUCACCAGCCAGCUCCUGGGCAAAUGCAUUAAUGAGCGGAAAUUUUUGGGAGAGGGGGUGAAAAGGAUUCCAGUCAGAGAAGGUCGGCUUAAGGCAACUCUCUUCCUGCCUGCUGGAUCUGGUUCAUUCCCAGGACUUAUCGACUUGUAUGGAUCUGGAGGAGGUCUUGUUGAGUACAGAGCAAGUCUUUUGGCUAGCAGGGGCUUUGUUACACUAGCUCUUGCUUAUUUAGCCUUUGAAGAUAUCCCAGCUUUCCCAGACAUCCUUGAACUGGACUAUUUUGGGGAGGCUGUGGAGUUUUUGCGGAAGCAACAGCAGGUGAAAGGUCCCGGGAUCGGAGUCUUGGGCUUAUCUAAAGGGGCAGAUCUAGCCCUUUGUCUGGCCACAUUUCUGCCAGGCAUCCAAGCAGCUGUCAGCAUUUCUGGAUGUGGUGUUAAUUCCUUUAUCCCCCUGCAUGUUAAUGAUUUCACUAUUCCUCCCUAUCCGUGUGACUUGGGGAGGAUGAAGACUGUCGGUGAAACUGGAAUAAUAGAUUGUUCAGAAGUCCUGGACGAUCCUAGGGACCCAGCCACUUGGGCCUGUCGUAUACCAGUAGAGAAAUCCCCCGCCAAGCUCCUCUUUUUGUCAGCGCAGGAUGACAGAAACUGGAAAAGUGAGCUCUUCUGCCAAGAAGUUGUUCACUGCCUUCGGCAGUGCGGGCGAGAUGUGGAGUUUUACUGCUAUCCUGGGGCAGGACACCUCCUGGAGCCACCGUAUUUGCCUUUGUGUCAGGCCUCAAUUCAUAAGCUGUUUGGGGGAUGCAUGCUGUGGGGAGGGCAGUGGAGAGAGCACGCCCGGGCACAGGAGGACACAUGGCACAGGAUACAGGUCUUCUUUCAGCAACACCUGCUGGCCUCUGAUGCCAUCAAGAGUAAUCUAUAGGGGUGAGAUUGCCAUGGUGCCAGACGGAGUUAGGUAGCCAACUCCUGUUGAGCAUCAAUAGGAAUUAGUCCUGGCACUGGUAGGUAUUUUGAAAAUAGUACGAUGAGGAACUUCAUCUUCACCCUAUUACUCUUUAGUCUUCAUCUUCUAGUCUCUUCUCAAACUGCAUGUCUGCUUUCCUGUUUAUCUUUCCUACUGCUCUGCUGAUUUUAUAUUCAUUUGGCGUUGAAUUUUAGGGUCCUCUAGACUCAGGUAUAUUGUUCAUAGGUACAGUGUGAUUUGUACUUAUACUGCUGCAGUACCAGAGGCCAGUCCUCUUAUUGAACAGAAGUGGUCUAUCAUGCCAAAUUGGUUUUGUGGUGUGGUAUGUUGGCCACUUAUCUCCUAGCUCAGUUCUUUUGUGACAUAGGAUCUGGAUCCACAGGGGUGCUUAGCCCUCAUAACUCACAUCCCAGGAUGAGACCCUUAAUGGAGUCUAGACAUGAAUACAGGUUUGAAGUGAAACAUUAGUGCCUCCGCCCACCUCUCCUCAGGACUGGGACAAUUCACUGACUCUUGGUGUAUCACUAUCUCCCAUUCCAUGAAAAUAAAAAUCCCACUGUUCUGGUGUCAGACAGCACCCCAUCAUCAAUGAAUGGGCAACCACCUCUGUGGGGCAAUUAUACUCUUUUCUCUGCCUCGGAGAUAAUCAGACCACGAGAAAUGAAGUUUGCAGUGGUUACACUAUGUUUAUCAACUUCUGCUUUUGGUAUGAUUCAUUUGAGGCAGAAGUGUCUAAUCUAUUAAUCAAUAAAUGCAUGGCAAAUAUAUGUAAAAUUGAGUAUGUAAAAUAGAAUGACUUUAAUGUAUAGAAGGAAACAUUUCAAUGUACUCGUUAAUGUUCAGACAAGAAGUUACCCAAAAGUUUGGUUUAAACACAGCACUGGAUUGGCUAAAGUUAAAGGUAUAACAAGUUUAUUUAACAGAAGAAGAUAGGAUUUUAAGUGAAUUCAGGUAUGAGAUAAAAGUUAGAAAUGGUUACAAGCAAAUGAAAGUGAAAACACACAUCUACAAGUCAAACUUAAUCUAGCAAGUUUUGGUUCAUGCUCUCUUUAAGUUGGCCUUUCUCACCCGCAGUCUUCCAGCAAGAUAAUGACUUAUCCUUUCCUUGGUCAGGAUUUCUCCCAGAGGUCCAAAGGUGCUGGUCCCUUUGUUGUGGUAGGUGAAAGAGAGAACUUGGGAUUCUCUGCCCCCUUCUUUUAUAGUCCAGUGAGCCUCUGAAGUGGAUUCUUCUGAGGGUUACCCUUCAAAGUAAAGUUUAUUCAAGGCUCAAGUAGUAAAGAAGGUGACAUGGAGUCUGCUAGUGAAGGAGGCUCCAUGUUCUCUCUCCUCGCCUGUGUUUGCUGCAAUGCAAAUUUGCUUUGUCUCCUGCUGUAUCCUCCUCCUGCUGUCUUGUGGACCCUGUUUACUACUUGAGGUAAUUGAGGUACAUGCACGUUCCUUUGUUUAGGAUAGACCUGUUUAACAACUUUUGCCUAGGCAGGGCUGUGAACAUGUGCUAUCAUCACCAUACAGAGGGAUUUCAUACCUUUACAUAUAAUGUUGCUACAUACAUUUCACCAUGAAGUUAUUGGCCAUUGAAUUAUUAGUUUUCAAAUGAUAAUUCACAAAGCAUAUUUUGUACAAAGAUGGUUACAAUAGUGUAUUGGGUGAUUAGUAUCACAGGGGAUACCCCUCCUUUCCAAGUAGGUGGAGAGUUUUGUGUUUCCAGCUCAGCUACACCUUCUUGCUUCUUCAGUACAGUGUCGCUGUUGGGCUCUAUGCUACUGUCUGCCCAACCCAAUUUUUCCUCAUGUCAAUCUUCCCCCAUGCAGGUAUGUGUGUCCAGAAUCUGUUGGUUCCUAGC